UCCGAUCUGAGAGAUUCCCGUUCGUUUCCCGCACCAGAAGAGAGGAGGUGGUACCGAGAGAGAGACCAGGAAGAUUAAGCAACAUCGUAACCUCAAACAUCUUCACUAUACAAUGAAAUUAUCUGCAGUUAUACCCUCUCUAGAAAUCCACUGCUUCACGAUACUCUUGGUUACUUGGUUUAGCACUCCGGUUAGAAGUGAAGUGAUCACUCUGGAUGGGGGUAACAUCGAUGACAUCUUGAACAAUGCCGGUGUGGCUUUAGUCAAUUUUUAUGCAGACUGGUGCAGAUUCAGCCAAAUGCUGCACCCCAUCUUUGAGGAAGCCUCUAAUGUGGUUCGAGAAGAGUUUCCCGAUACCAAGCAGGUGGUGUUUGCUCGUGUGGACUGCGACCAGCACUCCGACAUCGCCCAGCGCUACCGCAUCAGCAAGUACCCCACCCUGAAGCUCUUCCGCAACGGCAUGAUGAUGAAGCGCGAAUACCGCGGCCAGAGGUCGGUGUCGGCCAUCGCCGACUUCAUCCGGCAGCAGAAGGUGGACCCUGUGAAGGAGCUACAGAGCCUGGAGGAGGUCACCAGCAUUGAUCGGAGUAGGAGAACCGUCAUAGGCUACUUUGAGAGGAAGGAUUCUGAGAACUACAGCACGUUCGAGAAGGUGGCCAACAUCCUACGAGAUGACUGCGUCUUCCUGGCCACCUUCGGAGAAAUAUCGAAACCAGAGCGCUUCAGCGGAGAUAACAUGAUCUAUAAACCUAUCGGGGAGAGUGUUCCUGACAUGGUAUACCUGGGCUCCCUCACCAACUUCGACCUGUCGCACGCCUGGGCUCAGGACAAGUGUGUACCACUGGUGCGCGAGAUCACCUUUGAGAACGGCGAGGAGCUGACCGAAGAGGGGAUCCCGUUCCUCAUCCUGUUCCAUCUGAAGGAGGACCACGAGAGCUUGGAAAGGUUUCAGCAGGAAGUGGCCCGCCAGCUGAUCAGUGAAAAAGGUUCAAUCAACUUCCUCCAUGCCGACUGCGACAAGUUCCGACAUCCCCUGCUGCACAUCCAGAAGACGCCAGCGGACUGUCCCGUCAUCGCCAUCGACAGCUUCCGGCAUAUGUACGUCUUCCCGGAGUUCAGCGACUUGACCAGGGUUCCGGGCAAGUUGCGGCAGUUCGUCCUGGACCUGCACUCGGGGAAACUGCACCGGGAGUUCCACCACGGCCCAGACCCCACCGACACCACCCCUGGACAGGAGGACAGCAGAGUGGUACAGAGCAGCCCCCCCGAGAGCUCCUUUCAGAAGCUGGCUCCCAGUGAAACCCGCUACACCUUCGCCAGGGACCGGGAUGAGCUGUAGCCUUCCUGUGGACACUCGGAUGGACGGAACGACGGGAGCGGAAAAGGGGAACCGUCCCCGCCCAGGAAGGAAGGGGCCCUCCAAGCACAUCACAGCAACGGGAAUAACCUAUAUUUUCAUAACUCUUGUGUGUACAAUUUUUAUUUUGGAUAAUGAGGAAGAAACAAAAACUUCUGGGGUGGGGGGCAGAGGAAUAAGGCCAAAAAACAAAAAAAGAGAAACCAUUUUUACUUUUAUUUUUUUGAGCUUGUAAAUAUGUCUGCGCGGUGGGUCAGUUUCUAAGCGAUCAUCGUCUAAAUGAAUUGUCUUUUUUUUUUUUCUCCCCCCCUCCUUCCCAAUUUUUCCCCCUCUCCCGUGUACCAUCACAUUUUUUGUAAAUUAGAAAAAAAAAAAUGGAGCGGGAAGAGACCAGGUCUGGUGGGUUGAUCUUCUGGAGACAGAAGGAAAAUCAUGCCCACUGAAAAGUGUUUUGGCCCAUAGCAGGUCUGGUUCUGUGGUUGAGGGGGGGAGGGGGUGGGAUUGGGGGAUAUUCCACGUUGUCUGGACUGACUGAGGGCCUGUAAUUUUAAUCUGUAUUUAUACACCUAAACUUCCUAAAGAAGCAGAGUGUAGCGUCGUGACUGAUUGCGGUUACACCGGAGGGGCAGGACAGGGUGAGGGUGGCGGGGGGAAAAUGUCAUCUUGGUGGGGGAGGGGGACUCUAAAACACAAGAAGGUAAAUUAAAACAUUUUACAAGACCUGGCUUCAAUGUCUUCAUUUUCCCCCCGGACCGUGUGACGUGGAGCCCGAACCUGUUGGGUUCCUCAGACGCGAGGAGCUUAUAGAAGUGAAAUGGGGGAUAAAUGGCCUGCUGUCCAGAUAGGGGGCGCUAGAUGAUUCCGUGUCAAGGAAGCGGCUGUGAUGCACGGUGGCGGUUUGAGAACCUGUGAGGUAUGACCUCCACGGCGGCCAUGUCCGCUCCUCGCUUGUUUUCUAGGAGGCCCUGGAUGGGCUUGUGGCUUUUCUUAGCCACUGACAUUUUCCCCGUCCGCGCUGCGACGCCCACACCCCGCCUCUCCGUUGGGGGUUU